AAUUAGCGAUUAGGGUUGUCUUAGGAUCAAAGAUAUAGAUCUCCUCAUUCUCUCCCUACUAUAAAAAUCUAAAAUUUCUAGAUCUUGCUUCUCACAGCCUGCUCUCUCUGUCCGGCUUUCUUCGUUUUAUCUAUCAAUGGCUCAAUCAAUGGCCGAGGAGCAGACGGCAGUGAGAUCCACCGGUAGGGUCGUCAAGUUCAGUGAUAGGAAGGGUUUUGGCUUCAUCAAGCCCGAUGAUGGUGGCGAGGAUCUCUUUGUCCAUCACAGUGCUAUCAAAUCUGACGGUUACCGCUCUCUUGUUGAGGACGAUGUGGUUGAAUUCACUGUCUCUCUCUCUGCUGAUAAAUACCAAGCGAUUAACGUCACUGCCCCUGGUGGAGGGGCCAUUCAAGCCCCUACCAAGGGAGGGGAUGGUUCCUCCAAACGCGGUGGAUUUAGCGGUUCCUGGAACAGGAGGAAUAACGGCUAUAGUGGUGGUAGCGGGUCGGCAGGUUGUUACAACUGUGGGAGCCAUGGUCAUAUCGCUAGGGAUUGUAAUGAUCGAGGAGGCAGUGAUAAUAACAAUAGUGGUUGUUUUAAGUGUGGCAAUUCUGGGCAUUUUGCCAGGGACUGUCCGCGAGCCAAUAAUGGUGGGGGGAGUGGCAGCGGCAACGGUGCUUGCUUUAGCUGCGGAGGUUAUGGGCACUUGGCUAGGGAUUGUCCUGGUGGUGGCGGGACCUGCUAUAACUGUGGAGGUUAUGGGCACUUGGCUAGAGAUUGUACUAGUGCUGGGGGAGGUGGCAGGUUUGGUAGUAGCGGUGGUGGUAGCACUGGUGGAUGCUUCAAUUGUGGAAAGGAAGGGCAUUUUGCUAGGGAUUGCCCUAACAACUCUUGACUGAGGGAAAUAAAGAGUAACAGUACAUAUUUCUCUUUUUUUCUUUCUUUGUUGGUUGUCUUUUUUGGGAUUUUGCGCCUUUUAUUCCCCUCAAUUUAUACUUAGGAUUGUGUUGAUGCAAGUUGGUAAUCUCUGUUUGGUGGAGGAAAUUUUCGCAGUUUUGACGAAUAUAUAUGGUGGUUCGGAUAAAGAUUAGGCUUUAUUUUCAUAACCGUUUGAUAAUUUUCUAAUGAAGCCCUUCUCAUUUUUAUCAA